GUUAAAAGUGAAAAUAAUCAUUACGUAUAAAGUGUUGAGUUUUUCUUAAAGAAAGAAAAAAAAAAACGGAAGAAAGCAAUUAAAAAAGCAUUUCUACGAUUUGUACUCAAAAAGCACCAAAAACGCGCACUUUUAUGCAUGCACAUAGCACCCAGGAUUACCAUAGCAAAGCAUCAGAUGUACAUAUAAAACAAUGUUGCAGGUGUUCAGCAAAACUUAGUACAUACAAUAUUUAUAAUGCAGGUCGUUUUUAAAGACUACAACAACAAAAACAACAACGAAUUAAUAAAAAAGGAAUCUCAACAUUACCAAAAUAUCCUUAAUAUGCAUUUUAUGCAUAUUAAAACGCUUAGAGCGCUUCUAUUAUGCUCAGCUUUAUUAGGUUGCAUAUCAUUAGCAACAGCAUGUUCCAGUAGAGCCAUACCAAAACCACGUCCAACGUUGGCCGCUAUGACAACACCAAGACCAAAUAUAUCAUUUCCCAUAUUUAAUUGUCCACCAACGUAUGAUGCUUGGUAUUGUUUGAAUGAUGCCACAUGUUUUACAGUUGAAAUACAUAAUGAAAUACUUUACAAUUGUGAGUGUGCCAAUGGUUUUAUGGGCCCACGUUGUGAAUAUAAAGAAAUCGAUGGUUCAUACUUGCCAACCAGACAACGUGCUAUGCUUGAGACAGCCAGUAUUGCCAGUGGCGCUACACUAGCACUUAUUUUCAUGCUUAUAUUGUGCCUUACCCUUUAUAUACGCCACGAAAAGAAGCUUAAGCUGAAACUGAACGAAAGUGCUGCAAUGGCACAUGCUAACGAGGGCAUGGAUGAGGUAGACGGCAUGACACGCGUACCCGAAAUGCGUCCAUUUGGACCUCACCACUAUAAGAUAUUGCCUUUAGCUUCUGCAUUUAAGCGAUAAUUUAAAGCGCAGCUUUUUAUUUACUUUUAUUUAUUUUAAUUUAAAUGACUAAAAAUUUUAA